CAGCGCGGUCAGCUGGCGCUGGGGGGCCGCGCGCCCGGAGGGAUCCAGGGAGACUCUCCCUGUGGAGUCCCACGCGUCCCGGGACCCCCGCUGCCCUCCUUGGGAGCGGUUCCCAGCCUUCUGCUCUGCCCUCAGGGUUGGCUGGCCUUUUGGCCUGCCUUUUGCUCAAAACCCUGUGUCAUUUUCUCUCUCUCCCUGUCACUGUCUGCAUCUCUGUCCCCAUCUCUCAAUCUCAUGCUGAGUCUCUCUGUCUCCAGCUGCCUGUCACUGUCUUUGUGUCUCUGUGACUCUCAUUUCUUUUUUUCUGUCUCCUGCUAUCUCUGUGUGGGAUUCCUUGUCUCUCUGUCCCUGCCCUCCCUCUCCUAUCUGAACCCUGGUCUCUGUGUCCCUUAGGGCUUGUCAAAUCCUUCUCCCCAGGGUCACCAGGAGGAGAGUCGGGACUGGACACAAACCAGGGCUGGGACAAUGGCAGUGCCUAGUCUGUGGCCCUGGGGAGCAUACCUGCCUGUGAUCUUCCUCUCGUUGGGAUUUGGCCUGGAUACAGUAGAGGUGUGUCCCAGCCUGGACAUUCGCUCUGAGGUGGCAGAGCUUCGUCGACUGGAGAACUGCAGCGUGGUGGAGGGCCACCUGCAGAUCCUGCUCAUGUUCACAGCCACCGGGGAGGACUUCCGUGGCCUCAGCUUCCCUCGCCUCACCCAGGUCACCGACUACCUGCUGCUCUUCCGUGUCUACGGACUGGAGAGCCUGCGCGACCUCUUCCCCAACCUAGCAGUCAUCCGCGGGACGCGCCUCUUCCUGGGCUACGCACUGGUCAUCUUUGAGAUGCCGCAUCUGCGUGACGUGGGACUACCUGCGCUUGGGGCCGUGCUGCGUGGGGCUGUGCGUGUGGAGAAGAACCAGGAACUCUGCCACCUCUCCACCAUUGACUGGGGACUGCUGCAGCCAGCACCUGGUGCCAACCACAUUGUGGGCAACAAGCUGGGCGAGGAGUGUGCUGACGUAUGCCCUGGUGUGCUGGGUGCUGCUGGCGAAUCCUGUGCCAAGACCACCUUCAGCGGGCACACUGACUACAGAUGCUGGACCUCCAGCCACUGCCAGAGAGUGUGCCCCUGCCCCCAUGGGCUGGCUUGCACAGCGAGGGGCGAGUGCUGCCACACUGAAUGCCUGGGGGGCUGCAGCCAGCCGGAAGACCCUCGUGCCUGUGUAGCUUGCCGCCACCUCUACUUCCAGGGUGCCUGCCUGUGGGCCUGCCCGCCAGGCACCUACCAGUAUGAGUCCUGGCGCUGUGUCACAGCUGAGCGCUGUGCCAGCCUGCGCUCUGUGCCCGGCCGUGCCUCUACCUUCGGCAUACACCAGGGCAGUUGCCUGGCCCAGUGCCCUUCUGGCUUCACCCGUAAUAGCAGCAGCAUAUUCUGCCACAAGUGCGAGGGGCUGUGCCCUAAAGAGUGCAAGGUAGGCACCAAGACCAUCGACUCCAUCCAGGCGGCACAGGAUCUGGUGGGCUGCACGCAUGUGGAGGGAAGCCUCAUCCUCAACCUUCGCCAGGGCUACAACCUGGAGCCGCAGCUGCAGCACAGCCUGGGGCUGGUAGAAACCAUUACUGGCUUCCUCAAAAUCAAGCACUCCUUUGCCCUCGUGUCCCUGGGCUUUUUCAAGAACCUCAAACUAAUCCGGGGAGACGCCAUGGUGGACGGGAACUACACUCUCUACGUGCUGGACAACCAGAACCUACAGCAGCUAGGGUCCUGGGUGGCCGCGGGGCUCACCAUUCCCGUGGGCAAGAUCUACUUCGCCUUCAACCCGCGCCUCUGCUUGGAGCACAUCUACCGACUGGAGGAGGUGACGGGCACACGAGGUCGGCAGAACAAGGCUGAGAUCAACCCCCGCACCAACGGAGACCGCGCCGCCUGCCAGACUCGCACCCUGCGCUUCGUGUCCAACGUGACGGAGGCAGACCGCAUCCUGCUACGCUGGGAGCGCUACGAGCCACUGGAGGCCCGCGACCUGCUCAGCUUCAUCGUGUACUACAAGGAGUCCCCAUUCCAGAAUGCCACAGAGCACGUGGGUCCAGAUGCUUGUGGAACCCAGAGCUGGAACCUGCUGGAUGUGGAGCUGCCCCUAAGCCGCACCCAGGAGCCAGGGGUGACCCUAGCCUCCCUCAAGCCUUGGACACAGUACGCAGUGUUUGUGCGGGCCAUCACGCUAACCACUGAUGAGGACAGCCCCCAUCAAGGAGCCCAGAGUCCCAUCGUCUACCUCCGAACGCUGCCUGCAGCUCCCACGGUGCCCCAGGACGUCAUCUCCACGUCCAACUCCUCCUCCCACCUCCUGGUGCGCUGGAAGCCACCGACCCAGCGCAACGGGAACCUCACCUACUACCUGGUGCUGUGGCAGCGGCUGGCAGAGGACGGCGACCUCUACCUCAAUGACUACUGCCACCGCGGCUUGCGGCUGCCCACCAGCAACAAUGACCCGCGCUUCGACCGCGAAGACGGAGAUCCUGAGGCAGAGAUGGAGUCCGGCUGCUGCCCUUGCCAGCACCCACCUCCUGGUCAGGUUCUGCCCCCGCUGGAGGCGCAAGAGGCCUCGUUCCAAAAGAAGUUUGAAAACUUUCUACACAACGCGAUCACCAUCCCCAAAUCCCCUUGGAAGGUGACGUCCAUCAACAAGAGCCCCCAAAGGGACUCUGGGCGGCACCGCCGGGCAACUGGGCCCCUCCGGCUGGGGGGCAACAGCUCGGAUUUCGAGAUCCAGGAGGACAAGGUACCCCGUGAGCGAGCGGUGCUGAGCGGCCUGCGCCACUUCACGGAAUACCGAAUCGACAUCCAUGCCUGCAACCACGCGGCGCACACCGUGGGCUGCAGCGCCGCCACCUUCGUCUUUGCGCGCACCAUGCCCCACAGAGAGGCUGAUGGUAUUCCAGGAAAGGUGGCCUGGGAGGCCUCCAGCAAGAACAGUGUCCUCCUGCGCUGGCUCGAGCCACCAGACCCCAACGGACUCAUCCUCAAGUACGAAAUCAAGUACCGCCGCUUGGGAGAGGAGGCCACAGUGCUUUGUGUGUCCCGUCUUCGAUAUGCGAAGUUUGGGGGAGUCCACCUGGCCCUGCUGCCCCCUGGAAACUACUCUGCCAGGGUUAGGGCAACCUCACUGGCUGGCAAUGGCUCUUGGACAGACAGUGUUGCCUUCUACAUCCUUGGCCCAGAGGAGGAGGAUGCUGGGGGGCUGCAUGUCCUCCUCACUGCCACCCCUGUGGGGCUCACGCUGCUCAUCGUUCUUGCUGCCCUUGGUUUCUUCUACGGCAAGAAGAGAAACAGAACCCUGUAUGCUUCUGUGAAUCCAGAGUACUUCAGCGCCUCUGAUAGUAGGUCUGGGAGUGGGUGGACAGGUGGUAUGGGAAAGGGAGACAGGAGAGGAGCAGAGACAGACUUCCAGGAGACCUUCUUGCAGAAGAUAGCCUUGGGACCGGAACCCUUCAGAAGAGAAGAGAAGUUGGCGGGUGAGGUGUGGCAGAGAGCACAUCUUUGCUUUGCGACCCUCCAACUCUUUGCAGUGUACGUCCCUGAUGAGUGGGAGGUGCCUCGGGAGCAGAUCUCGAUAAUCCGGGAACUGGGCCAGGGCUCUUUUGGGAUGGUAUAUGAGGGCCUGGCACGAGGACUUGAGGCUGGAGAGGAGUCCACACCCGUGGCCCUGAAGACGGUGAAUGAGCUGGCCAGUCCACGGGAACGCAUUGAGUUCCUCAAGGAAGCUUCUGUCAUGAAAGCCUUCAAGUGUCACCAUGUGGUGCGUCUCCUGGGUGUGGUGUCUCAGGGCCAGCCAACUCUGGUCAUCAUGGAGUUAAUGACCCAUGGGGACCUCAAGAGCCAUCUUCGAUCUUUGCGGCCUGAGGCAGAGAACAACCCUGGGCUCCCACAGCCAGCAUUGGGGGAAAUGAUCCAGAUGGCUGGUGAGAUUGCAGACGGCAUGGCCUACCUUGCUGCCAACAAGUUUGUGCACCGAGAUCUAGCAGCCCGCAACUGCAUGGUGUCCCAGGAUUUCACCGUCAAGAUUGGGGACUUCGGGAUGACUCGGGACGUGUAUGAGACAGACUAUUACCGCAAGGGUGGGAAGGGGCUGCUGCCCGUGCGCUGGAUGGCCCCUGAGUCCCUCAAAGAUGGGAUCUUCACCACCCACUCGGAUGUCUGGUCCUUCGGUGUGGUACUCUGGGAGAUUGUGACCCUGGCUGAACAACCCUACCAGGGCCUGUCCAAUGAGCAGGUGCUCAAGUUCGUCAUGGAUGGCGGGGUCCUGGAGGAGCUGGAGGGCUGUCCCCUUCAGCUGCAGGAACUGAUGAGCCGCUGCUGGCAGCCGAACCCACGCCUGCGCCCAUCUUUCACACACAUUCUGGACAGCAUACAGGAGGAGCUUCGGCCCUCCUUCCGCCUCCUCUCCUUCUACUACAGCUCGGAGUGCCAGGGGGCCCGGGGCUCCCUGCCUCCCACCGAUGCAGAGCCUGACUCCUCACCUACCCCAAGAGGGGCUUCAUCAGACUGCAGCCCUCAAAAUGGGGGCACCCCAUUCCCUGGCUGGCUGGCCUGCCAUGGGGAGAGAGGAAGGGACCCGACCUCUGUGGCUGAGAUGUCUGAAUGUUCACCCCCACCCCCACCCAUAGCAAGGGGUGGCCAAGGGUGGGGCAGAGAACAGGAGCAGGGAAGGCUGUGGGAGUGGGCAGAGGGGUCUAACCAUAGGAGCUUCUCAGACUCUGAGUCCCUCGCGGGAAAGCAAGCAAGGUCAAAGCCAGAGGAGUGGAGAUCAGGCCAGGGACAGACAUCCUGCCCUCAGAGAAAGGAACCCCACUCAGACUAGGAAGAGGGGACCCGCCCACCCUAGAGGUCCUGCCCCUCAGUUUGGGGUCUCCUGUGGACAGGUAGGGCCAUUGACGUGUUUGAAAUUAGAUGAGCAAUCAGAAGCAGGCCUGGGGCGCUCUCCAUGCAUGUGUGGGAGGCGGGGUCGGGGGUCCACAUGACUCCCUUGCUUGCCACUGCUUUUCAACUCCUCCCCUUAGCUCCACUGACCAGGUGGCGUGGGGAGAACCCAAGGGCCUGGGGAGUGGUUCCCAGCCUGCCUGCCCUCACCUCCUCCUCUCCUCUUGCCCUGCCCAGGGCUCCCCAAGCUUGGUGCUCCUUCCUCCUUUCUUCCAGGGGCAUCCCUUGGAGUAUAGUCACCCUUUCUCCAGUCCCUCCCCUCAAUGAUUAGCCCUGGAUGCUUAAGGCUUUCAGAGCCUGGUCUUCCUCCCUCUCCUCACCCUCGCCCAGCCCCGCCCCCACUCCUGCCUCUCAUGGGAAGACUGGAGAAGGCACAAUAAAUGCCGAGGCCUGUUUGUA